UGGCAAAAUAUGAUUGGCAUGAGAAUGAAGUCAUAGCUAGAGACAGGCCGGAGGUGAUCCCUGCUGCGUGUCAACAUUUCUCUUUUCACUCUCUUCUACUAGGAGUCUAACGUUUAGAAAAUCUCAGGCAUCCAAACCGUUAACUGAUUUUCAGAUUCAAUUUGAGAACAAUUUGGGGAAAAAAAGUAGGCGAAGAAAUGGAAUCGUCCGAUCGCACAGCUCUGGAGAACCGUCCCGGCAUCUUCAUGAUCGGAUCCUCCAACGUUGGCAAACGCACUCUUCUCUCUCGAUUACUGUCGGUGGAUUUUGAAGAUGCUUCUGAUUCAUCAUUUGAAGUACUCGCCCAUGGGUGGACUAUCAAUACAAAGUAUUACACAGCAGACGUUUCUGUAUGGAUGGCUCAUCUUCAUGACGAAUUCUCCAUCAGGACCCUCCCAAGUUAUAACCGCCUGGCUGCCUUAGUGAUGAUCUUUGACAUGAGUGAUUUAUCAUCUCUCAUUGCACUUCAGAACUGGGUGUCUCAGAUUGAUAUUCAGAAGUUUGAAAUAUUAUUAUGUAUUGGAAACAAAGUGGAUCUAAUUCCGGGUCAUCCAGUUCAUGCUGAAUACAGAAGACGCCUAGAGAAACUUGAAGAUUCUUCUGCUGAUUCUCUUACAAAAUUCUAUGAGUUUGGGAUUUCUGAAACUGAAGGAAGUAGUCUUUUGGGUGGUGAGGAUCCUGCGGUGGAGAUCAAGAAGUCAUGUCUUGAAUGGUGCACUGAGUAUAACAUUGAGUACAUUGAAGCGUGUGCCUCCAAUGCUGAUUUUGACAGAUGUUUAUCAACUGAUGGUGAUUCACAAGGAGUUGAACGUCUCUUUGGUGCUCUUUCUGCUCAUAUGUGGCCUGGAAUGAUCCUAAAAUCUGGGAAGAGCAUAAUUCAGCCAGCAUUGCCUAAUAAAGAAGACUUGUCAGAAGAAGAAUCUGAUUAUGAAUUCGAGUAUGAACUUCUGUCUGUCAGUUCAGCCGAACCAUGGGAUGACACAAAUGGAGGAUGGGUUUCUGCAAAUGGUAGUAGUUCUGUAUUGGAUAUAGGGGCAUCAGUUAAUCAUAAUAAUCAUACUACAGAACAUGAUCGAGAUAAUUGGGUGAAGUUUGACAAUGAAGAGCUACAGCCCUCAACAUCAAUGGUGGAAUUGCAGGAUGAUAAGGAAGCGGUGCCCAAAGUAGCAGAUCCUAACAAAGACGCAGAAACAAAUGAGGUUACACCUUUUGAAUUUGAGGACCUAGAGCAGUUAAUGUCUGAGAUUGGAAAUAUGCGUGACAAUUUGAGGUUUAUGCCUGAUUUUCAAAGGAGAGAAAUGGCUGCAGAACUGGCCAUGAAAAUGGCUACCAUGUUUGGUGGUGGUAGUGAUGAUGAAGAGGAGUUUGAUUGAUCAAAUGGAAAUCAAAGACAGUCUUUAGAGUAAUUAGCUUUAUCUUUAUAGCCCUCAAAACCCAUUGUUAACUAUUUUAGAUGUUGAUGAUAAGUUCAAUCUUUAACCAGGACGAAAGAGAUGAGCUUUUGGAAUUUGUAUGUUAUGUUUGCUCACUUCUUCAGUUUUAGUACAAGUGGCUGAUUAGGAAUGACUCCACGUUGUUUUAUGCGCUAUCAUUUACACUUGAGAUACCGUUGGGCAAAACUUGAAUAUAUGUUGUAACAGUGGAAAUGUUGGAUAUGCUUGUAGCCGUUUUUGCAUAUGGGGACACAUUUGUUAUGCUCCUUUUUUUUUACAUGUUAAUAAAAUAACUGACAAUGCACUGCAUUAGCUGCA